CCUCUUUUUGCUGCAGUUAACAAAAAGAAAAAAAUGUACUCUCAAAGUGAUUUUAAUGGGAUUGAGAAGGGAUCACCACCAACACCCUUUCCAAAACCCUCGGCACCACCGCAACCAUCGUCAUCAACUUCUACCAUAGCAACAGGUAUUCCAGUAGUACUGGAUAAUCCUUCAGCAAAUAACCAUUUUUCGAACUACGCUUCUGCUGGUAAUGAUAAUGGUGGCAAUAUUGCUUCAACACUUGAUCAGUCUCAACAUCAACAACUUCAACCUCCGGUCCCUUGGUCCUCCGGUCUAUGUGAUUGUUUCGACGACUGUCAUACUUGUUGCUUAACAUUUUGGUGCCCAUGCGUUACAUUCGGUCGGAUUGCUGAGAUAGUUGACAGGGGUUCUACCUGUAAGUCAUGCGGAGUAAGCGGAGCAUUGUACAUGAUGAUAAUGUGUGUGACUGGGUGUUCAUGUUUGUAUUCGUGUUUUUAUCGUUCGAAACUGAGAGGGCAAUAUUUCUUGAAGGAGAGUCCAUGCACAGAUUGUUUUGUUCAUUGUUGCUGUGAAGAAUGUUCUUUAUGUCAAGAGUAUAGAGAACUCAAGAAACAUGGGUUUGACAUGUCUAUUGGCUGGCACGGGAACGUCCAAAGACAGAAGCGUUUGUCGACAAUGGCUCCAAUUGUUGAGGGUGGGAUGAAUAGGUAGCUUUCUUUUAUAUGUUGGCAAUGGCUUCAGUCAAGUGGCUGAGGGAUCAAUGAAUCAGCAGUAUGCUGUUAUAGGAUUCAAAGUUGUUUUUAUAUUCUAAAAAUGUUUUAUCAUACUUGUAUCGAGUUCUUAGAGUUUGUUUUGGUUACGUAUUUACGUAUACAUUUGGCUUAUAAGGGCCAAUUUUGGGUCAGAUGUUAAUGUUACUUUUAGACCUUGUUUAUUUACGGAUGACUCAGCUUCUGGAUCUGAGUCA